AUGGUUAGGGUAUCUCAAGUAGCGACAAGUCUGCUCCUCGGGUUCGUUACCCCAGUGGUAUGCCAUGGCUACUUGAAGAGCAUCCAGGUAAACGGGCAAGACUACCUCGCAUGGCAAGUUGACCAAGAUGACUUCCUCUCUCCGCCGCCAGUCCGAUAUGCCAGGAAGCUCAAGGAUAAUGGAUCCGUGCCGAACUUCACAACUGCGGACAUAACAUGCGGUGCUGGAGGCAACAUUCCGGCUGAAGGAACAAUCGAGCUCAAGGCAGGCGAUAAAGUGUUUGCAUUUCCAUGUUGGUAUAUGGGCUUUGAAUUCGGAUACGCUGACGUAAAAUGGAGUAGCACGAUGAAGUGGGAUCAAUGGGGAAGCUCGCAUAGUGGGCCAGUAAUGAAUUAUCUUGCGCAUUGCACCAAUGACGACUGCAAGUCCUUCAAAGGCGACAAGGGCAAUGUUUGGGUGAAGAUCUCGCAGUUGGGUUACAACCCGAGCGCCCAACCACCCUGGGCGUCUGAUCUUCUUCGCGAACAAGGGGCCAAAUGGAACAUUGUCAUACCGCCGACCUUGGCGCCGGGAGAGUAUCUUCUCCGUCACGAGAUCCUCGGACUCCACGUUGUGGAUAAGCGGAUGGCGGCUCAGUUCUAUCCUAGCUGCACACAUAUUCGGGUCACGGAGGGAGGAUCGAGUCAACUGCCUGAGGGCGUGUCGCUUCCCGGCGCGUAUGACCCCGAUGAUACCGCCGGGAUCCUUGUCCCUCUGUGGAAGGUUAACCAGGGCCAGCAAGAAUACAUUCCCCCGGGAGGCCCUGUUUGGAGCGAGGCGGCUCCCGAUCCGAAUCGGUCGGGUCCAUGA